CGAAGUUCUCCUCUCCGCAAAUUACUCUUGCAUAAAUAGAUACUUUUCUUGUUUGAUAAAUACACUAGUUUAUUUUUAAUUUAUGUUAAAUUAAAGUAAUAAAACCCUCUUUUUUUCUUGUUCUUUUAAAACCAACAAGUUCUUCCUGAUCCGAGAUCUUCACGUAUUUCCAUAAUCGGUUGCCGAGCAGACACAGAAACCCGUUCGAUUCUCGGUUUUUCUUACGAAAAUCAAGCAAUUCCACGCCCAUUUUCCAGAUUUCGCCUUCUAUUUUCCCGGGAAACAAACGGAAAAACGAUUUCAGGAAGAGUUUGGUGCUGCUUUCGGUGAUCGCAGAGCUUUUCUGUUCCUUCCUGGAUCUCCGAAAGAGGUGGAGCUUGGAUUGAGAAUCGUCUGCAAAUAGAAUUUUCGGGUUCUUGAUUUGGAAAGAAAAUUAAAUUUGGGAAUUUCUAUAUAGAAAUUGCGGUUAUACGAAGAUUAUGAGAUUUUCGUAUUAGGUAGGUAAUUUAGGUUUGAAGGUCCCAUGUUUCACACUGGAUUAGUAGAAACUUUCUAAGUUUGGAAAGUCAUGACUUGGACCUCUUCUUCCAAGGGUUAUUUAGCAAUUAAUGCAUAUCCAAGGACUUUCUCCUGGAUUUUGCUUUCUGUGGGAGGAUUGGCCGUGUUCUUAAUUUUGGGUUCAUGUAUUCUAUUGUCAAACCCAAUUGGUUCCACGGUUCGUGGGUAUUUUUACGGUGUUGAUAGAUCCCAAAAGCUGGAUUUUUCAGGCUAUUCAGGCAAUCCAACCGUCACUUUUCACAAUGUAGAUAAGAAUGAUUCAUCUGAGUCUAAUUCACAAGCUCCCACGAGUUCAUCCGGUCUUUCUCCGGAAGAAAUUGGCGAAAAUUUUCCUUCAGAUUCUACUUUAGAAGUGUCCACCAGUCCAACCGGUUCAUCUAUUGAUGUCAACGUUGAAGUAACUCUUAAGAAUUUAUCCCACGAGUCCAAUUCUCAAGUGCCCCCCUACUUAAAUUCAACUAGUCCAUCAACCCUUUCAGAUGUUGAGAAGAUGAAAGAUCUAGCACCGCCUGUUCCUGAUCAGUCUUCUGAUUCGACACGUGAAGAUUGGGUUAAGGAUGGUAGUUAUUUAUCCAACGUUACAGAUAGUGAUCAAAUUGGCAACUCCAUAUCUAUGGGUUCCGUUAACAAUUCUAGUAUUUUAGAUAUGGGAACCAACGAUACUGUUGCAGCUUCCUUUGGUUCCAAAUCAGGUGAUGCGCCAGCCUUUUCUCAUGAUUCUCCUCUUCCGAGCAACUCAAGCAGGACUGAUGCAGGUUGUGAUCUAUACCAGGGAAGCUGGAUCUUUGAUUCCUUGGGACCAGUAUACACAAACAAUACCUGCCCUAUCCUGACACAGAUGCAGAAUUGCCAGGGAAAUGGGAGGCCUGACAAGGACUAUGAGAAUUGGCGAUGGAAGCCUGAAAAGUGUGACCUCCCACGUUUUGAUGGUCGAAAAUUUCUGGACUUGAUGAGAGGGAAAACAAUUGCAUUUAUUGGUGAUUCUGUUGCUCGAAACCAGAUGGAAUCCCUGCUGUGCAUGCUCUGGCAGGUAGAAGUGCCAAAAAACCGUGGGAAUAAAAAAAUGCAACGGUAUUAUUUCAGGUCAACAUCAGUAAUGGUUGUCCGGAUGUGGUCCUCGUGGCUUGUUAAGCAAACAUCUGAAGCGGUUGACUUUGCCCCAGAGGGUGUUGUGAAGCUCCACCUUGAUGCCCCCGAUGAUAGCAUCAUGGAACACAUCACAAACUUUGAUGUGAUUGUUCUUUCUUCUGGCCAUUGGUUUGCCAAGCAGUCCGUCUAUCUUUUGAACAAUAAGAUUGUGGGAGGACAGUUGUGGUGGCCAGACAAGUCUCGACCUAUGAAGAUAAACAACAUUGAAGCAUUUGGAAUUUCUGUUGAGACAAUCGUUGCGGCUCUUGGUACGAAUCCUAAUUACACAGGGCUAGCCAUCGUACGCUCCUUUUCGCCCGAUCAUUACGAGGGUGGGCAAUGGAAUACAGGUGGAUCAUGCACUGGAAAAACAAAGCCACUUGCAGCUGGUGAAAUAGUAGAAAAUGGCUUCACAAACAUAAUGCAUGAGAAACAGGUAACUGGUUUCAACCGCGCAAUCAAGAAGGUGAAAAACAAAUCGAAGAUGAGAUUGAUGGACAUCACCAGAGUCUUUGAGUACCGCCACGACGGGCAUCCAGGCCCAUACAGAAACACGGACCCGAAUAAGCUCACAAAACGUGGCCCUGAUGGAAAGCCCCCACCUCAGGAUUGCUUACACUGGUGCAUGCCCGGUCCAGUAGAUACUUGGAACGAACUUGUGCUUGAAAUAAUAAGAAGAGAGUACGAGAACACCACGAGCUUCUCAUCAUGAGAUUUUUUUUGGCUUCGUUGUGCUUCAACCUUCAUUGUUGUAUCUCUGAUCUAAUUUGAAGGUAUAACUUUACUUUUUAGUGAGAUUUAAUUCACGUCUAAAGUUGGGAGGGAAGCUUAGUUAAAAAUACUUGUAGAGUGAUUAUUUACUAUAACAGAUGGGCGGAUUAGCUACUAGUUCUAUAUUAUAGGAACUGUUUCACCUCAAUUAUCGAAAUCAUUACGUACCUAGGUAUACCAUCAGAAUUUUUUUUUUCCAACUAUGUUACACGUGUUUAUUCAUAAAGAAGA